AAGAAGUCGCGAAGUCCCAAGCAUUUGCGCCGCAUGGAAACAGCCUUGCGCUCCUUUCGCGUCCUCAAAGGCCUGACUCAGCAGCAGGUCGACAACUUCAUGAACUCCUACAUCAUCUACGACCUCGACUGGAAGGACGAGAAAAUGAUGACCGAAAAGCUCGGCCCGGACUACCAGAACCGCGUGGGCGAAUGCCUGCGCGACUACUACUCCGUCCUCAACCACAUGUGCGCGCUCGGCGAGCUGGAGAAGAUGUACAUUCCGCCCGUCAUGGACCUUAACGCCACCAUUUUCAUGAAUCAGAUCCUGUACGAGGAAAGCAUUGCCGAAGAAUUGCAGCUGCCGGAGAAUGCCAAAGUCUUUGAUUUGGGCUGCGGUCGUGGUCGCGUGGCCGCGCACAUGCACAUGCUCACCGGCGCCGAGGUGACCGGACUCAAUAUCGACCAUGACCAGGUGGCGAGUGCCAUUGCCUUCACCCACGAGCAAAAGUUCCCCAACAACUUCGUCCGCCGAGAUAUGAACGACCUACCUCUGCCAUUUGCAGACGAAGUCUUCGACGGCUUCUACCAAAUCCAAGCAAUGUCUCUUUGCAAAGACAUUCCGAAGCUUUGUGACGAGCUCUAUCGCGUGCUCAAGCCCGGCGCCAGGCUGUCGUUGCUGGAUUGGGCAAGUCUGGACGCCUUCAACCCCGAGGACACCCAUCAUCAGGAUCUCAUGCGCAAGAUCAAGCCAUUGAUUGGCGCGGUUGGUACGCCCACGCCGAAGAGUCUCGCCGACGCCCUUGAAUCCGCCGGCUUCACCAUUUUGAAAGCGAACAACGCAAGCAUCGACGGCUUGCAAUCUCCGCUCAUCGAGCGUGCCGAGUUCUUCUUCCGCACCGUUCGCAUCGGUCUCCGUGGUGCCGUCAAAUUCGGCCUGCUACCCGCUCACUUCAACACCAUCUUCGACCGCUUCGCUCAGGAUGGCGAUGCUUUCAUCGAAGCGGACAAGGCCCGCCUCAUCACCACCAGCUACCACUGGCUUGCGGAGAAG